UAUUUGGGAAUCUGCAGCCUGGAAAGCAGGACUUAGUGGAUUUUCAAAAGAAAACAUAAAAUAUCUUAAUUUUUUUUUGCCAGGAAACCAAACUAAGAAUAAAUAAAACAAUCUAACAUUUAAACAAGUAAGAUCUUUCCUACGGGAGACGUUUUUAUCAGAAACGACCUGCGAGGAGCUUCAGCGUGCUGCAGCGGGUCGCCGUGGACGUGCUGAGCUGCACCGCCAGAAUGACAGUGAAGACGGACGUUAAUUCCAGGUUCUGGUGGGUUUGGACUCUGUCGCUGUGAUUCCAAACAUCACAUCCGGCCGCAAACGAAACGUAGCAGGUGGAGAGACGUCUGGGUCUGCAAAAGGAGUUUAGACCUUCUGGACCACUGGCUUCUGCUCGGGCUCUGGAUCUACCAUCUCAGUUUGUUAGAAAUGUCCUGCUCGAUGCUGCCCCUACUGGCUACUCUGAGUCUGCUUCUGCCUGAUUGGUCCACCACCCAGGCCGUACUUAGCGAGGACUACAAAUAUGGCCACCAAUGUUCUGAUCAGCUUGAUCAACCUCACAACUGCAGCUGGAAGUGUAUCGUAUUCACUCAGCAGUGGCCAGGAGGGUUCUGUCAGUCCUUGUACAAUGAAACCCACUGCCGAAUUGCUCAGAGCAUCAACAACUGGACCAUCCAUGGCCUCUGGCCUCUUCGAGACCAGUACUGCUGCAGCUGCUGGCCCAUGUUUCACUCUGAUGUUGAGGAGCUGGAGACGGAUCUCACAGAAUAUUGGCCAUCACUACUGAAGACCAGAACCCAGUUCCAGUUCUGGAGAGAGGAGUGGUACAAACAUGGAGCUUGCGCUGCGUGUGUUGAAGGAUUCAACUCUCCGCAGAAAUACUUCCAGAUCUGCCUGAAACUACGACAGCAGUUUGACGUCUCCAGAAUAUUGGAGGCCGCCGGCAUCACCCCGUCCUGCAAACAACCCUACAAGGUCCAGGAGGUCCGCAGCGUUCUGGAGCCACAUCUGGGUGUCAAACACGAGAUCCAGUGUGUCAGAGAUCGCAAGGACCGAGAGGUUCUGUUCCAGGUGAAGGUCCAGCUGACUAGGAACCUGACGGUGGGCUGUGAUCACCAUGGCGAUGCUGACCGAGUCUCUGCAUUCAGAUCGGGCUCCUGCUCCUCGUCUGGACAUCCCUGCCCCCCAGAAAUCCCGUUCUACUAUUUUCCCAUCAUGCACCAGGAGCCGUGGCGGCCCUGCGAUUAACCGAGUUCUGAUCUGAAAUAAAACCUGCAUGAAAUCACUCAG